AUGAGGAGGGAGAACCAGAGCACUGUGUCCGAGUUCCUCCUCCUGGGGCUCCCCAUCAGACCAGAGCAGCAGAAUGUCUUCUUCACUCUGUUCCUGGCCAUGUACCUGACCACAGUGCUGGGGAACCUGCUCAUCAUCCUGCUCAUCAGGCUGGACUCUCACCUCCACACCCCCAUGUACUUCUUCCUCAGCCACUUGGCUUUCUCUGACAUCUCCCUUUCAUCCAUUACAGUCCCUAAAAUACUGAUGAAUAUCCAGGCUCGUCAACAUUCCAUCUCUUACAAGGGCUGCAUUUCUCAGAUGUAUUUUUUUGUUCUGUUUGGCUGCCUGGACAAUUUCCUUCUCGCAGUGAUGGCCUAUGACAGAUAUGUGGCCAUCUGUCAUCCACUGCACUACAUCACUGUCAUGAGGGAGGAGCGCUGUGUCUGUCUAGUUGCUGCGUCCUGGUUCUUCUGCUGUGUCCAUGCCCUGCUGCACACCCUCCUUUUGAUCCAACUGUCCUUCUGUGCCAGUAAUGCCAUACACAACUUCUUCUGUGACCUCACUGCCCUUCUGAAGCUGAGCUGCUCGGACAUCUCCCUCAAUAAGCUAGUCAUCUUCACUGAAGGAGGCUUACUUUUCAUCCUGCCUCUGAGUAGCAUCAUGGGCUCUUAUAUUCUCAUAGGAUGCACUGCCUUGAAGCCUCCCUCCACAAAGAAAUUCAUUAAAACCUUUUCUACUUGUGCCUCCCAUCUCCUUGUGGUAUCUUUGUACUAUGGGACACUUGCAGGUGAAUACUUUUUCUCUUCAUUCCAGAACUCCAGCGACAAAGACACAGUUGCUUCUGUAAUUUAUACAGUGGUCACACCCUUGCUGAACCCUUUCAUCUACAGCCUGAGGAACAGAGAUAUAAAACAGGCUCUAGAAAUAGUAGUCACUAGGAUCAGCUGCUUUAAGUGA